GUAUGCGGAGGUUUACGCGGCUGCGAAGUCGAGGUAUAAUAAUAAUGUGUUGCGGGACCGUAGGUAUACGGGAUUUUCUGGAAUUUCCCGCGAAGGCUGCGCGCAAUUUAAUGGUAGGCGUGGUGCUGCGAACUUCCAAAGCGCCGCCAAAGCGAAGAACAAGCUACCAUGCACGAAUUCGGCGACAGAGAAAGGGACCAUGAAUCACUACUACCGCCCGCAAAGAGAACAAAGAUCGGCGGCAACUCCGCCCGGAUCGCAGCGGAAGAAACUGAGACCACGCGCGAACGAAAGACGAGGCGAACUACGAUGCCCGAGUUUCGAGCCGAGACCUUAGACGACUUCUACAAGCCAUGCCCUAACUACAGGCUUCCAGCAGAGCUAGGGGCCUUCUCCUUCGACGACAAAGGCGUCUUUCAGCACGACAGGUCCCAAUUGCGGUACUACAACCCUCCCAAUCAGCCCUCCCGCCUCUCCAUGGACCUCAAAGUCGGCUACGACGGUUAUGUGCCGAAGGAAAAAAGCGGUUCACCGGAUCUGGGGCCCAUUCUGCGGUGGAUCAGCCUCAACGGGCACUGUUUCAGGCCUCGAAACGAGCCGCUAUCGCCCAAUAACGGGACCAGCGCAGGCCGGGCGUCGGCUGCUGGGGAAACUGCGGUGCCUACUAGGCUCAACGAAACAAGACCCGACAAUCUACUCACCAACUUCGUAGUCUGGAGGGGGAUGCUCUGCAAGAUGCUGUGCAGUCUCUACAACCAAACGGAGCCCUGGAAGGUUGCCGCCACCCUCUACAACGGGACGGUCUACCUCCAGGAGAUCGAGACGGAAGAGAAGAGACGCCAGGAGGCCAUCAUGCCUCCACAGCAGAGAGCCACCUGCUAUUGGGGACUCAAGUUUGAGGACUACGUCACCAGCAGAGAUCCUCCUGCGAAGGUGGGUCCACAGAGUCCGACUGUGCCGCAGCAGCUGGCUCCGGGCACCGUAAACCCACACAGAGCCUUCAGCUCCGUCGUGAGGACGAGAAUGAACAGCCACUCCAUCGUGAUGGUAGGAGAGGUGGACUGCUGUGAACACAACUCCAAAGAGAAGUCUCCCCAGAGCUACGUUGAGCUCAAGACAAGUCGGAUCAUUCUCACUGACAGAAACAAGGCCAGUUUUAGAAGGCACAAGCUGAUGAAGUGGUGGGCACAGUCUUUCCUGAUCGGAGUGCCUAAGCUAGUCUGUGGUUUUAGAAACGACGAUGGAAUCAUAAAAUCCUUGCAGUCUUUCAGAAUCUCAGACAUACCCAAGGAAACACAGGUUGAUUUGACGAUGUGGCAGCCUUCAGUUUGUCUCAACUUUUUGGAUGAAUUACUGGUAUGGAUCAGAAAGACUGUCAUAAUUGAUAAUCCUAAGGUGGUAUAUUUGCUGGAAUGGAAUACUCCGUACACACGGGUCACGUGUGAAGAGCUGUCACCUAACAGCGAGUACGUCAUCCUCCCUGACUGGUAUCUUCGGAAGAAAUCUCCACCACCCUACGUGCCCUCCUAACGACAUACACUACUGGUCUUCUCACUCUGCAUCAUGACUCUAUAUUAUCAUCAGGCUCAACUGCUGCUGCCCUAUCAUGCUACUAUAUAACAGUGGAUAUUUCUAGCCCCAGCCUCCAUCUUAUUCAUGUCUCCCCACACUUUUCAUGCUCCACUUCAGUCUAUUCCAUGAGUAUUGUAAAUUGCUGACCUUUCCCUAUCUCUAUGAUGCCAUUUCUAUUAUGAAUCCUCCAUAAUUGGUACAAAUGCAACACAUUGGCAAGAGAACAUGAGCAGACUAUGGCCUUUGGAUGAUGCUCGUGAUUUUUGCAUAUGUGUAAUUCUGUGUGUGAAAAGGGAUAAAAAUCGAUUCAGACACUGGUUACAAAAAUUCUGCAAUGUCUAGUUCUCCAUGCCUGUGAAAGAUCCUGCACCCAUACCAUAGAAGAAAAUCCGUUUAGUUUUUCGUUUGUCAUGUUUCAAGUGUCGAGAAUGAUGUUCCUUGCUUUGAGAAUGGUGCUUCUUUUUCCGUCUGUCCGCUGGUUCAGCAGCUUUUCUCCACCAAGCACCAGGUGAUGAGGACUUUCUACUCCUCUCAGUUGUCAAUGUCACGUCAAUUUCAUUUGCUUCUUCAUUUUCUUCGUCACCGCUCGAUGAGGAUUGUUCCGAGUUACAGCUACUGUCAUCAUCAUCAGUGGAUGUACUAUCAUAUUCCACUGUAUCUCUAUUACCAUCACUAGUCUGUUGCUCCGAGCUUCCAGAUAUAGAAUCGAUAUCUGUCUCAGCUGUAGGUGUUGCACUGGCCUCAGCUGCUGCCAAUUUCUCGAGCUCUGGCUCUUGAGGUGUGGGCAUUUCUUCUGUCGUGGUUGAAACACACUCGCUGUGAGCUGGACCAUCACUUGACUGCUCUGCCCCGAGGUUAUCGUCUUCUUCUGAUGGUUUACGUGACGUCGAGGGCCCACAUGAUUU